CCAGUUCAAUUUUAAAUGGCAGAACACGCGAAUCUCGGACUUAGUUCUCAUUCAGGUGCUGUUGGCUGCAUUGCUCCGGAGCCAAAAAAACUAGUGUCAUCAUGGUUUCAUUGUGGCUGCUGAUGCUCGGCAUCCUUUCCAUUUACCUCUGGCUGAGACAAAGGUAUAGCUACUUUGAGCGCCACAAUAUCGUCCACUUGCCCGUCUCCGCGUGGACACCACUGGGACACCUCAGGAAGUUGCUGCUGUUGCGAAUCUCCUUUGGCGAUCUAUUUCACAACAUCUAUGCGGAUCCGCGCGGUGGUCAGGCCAAAGUAGUGGGCUUUUUCCUGUUCCAGACCCCAGCGUUGAUGGUCCGCGAUCCGGAGCUGAUACGCCUCGUGCUGAUCAAACAUUUCAACAGCUUUCUGAACCGCUAUGAGGCGGCAGAUGCUGCUGGUGAUCCCAUGGGAUCGCUGACAUUGCCGCUGGCCAAGUACCAUAACUGGAGGGAGAGUCGUCAGUCGAUGGCGCAGCUGUUCACCAGCGGCCGGAUGCGCGAGUCCAUGUACCCUCUGAUGAUGGGAGUGGUGAUCGACCUGGAGCAAUAUCUGCAAAGGAAGCUCGGAGACCGGUCCGAGCGGAUGCUACCUCUGAGUAAAAUGUGUCAGCUAUAUACCACUGAUGUGACGGGAAACCUAUUCUACAGCAUGGAUGUGGGCGGACUGCGCAGAGGCAAAUCCCAGCUGCUGAAGAAGACCAAGGAGUUGUUUGACCCCGAUCCUCGGAAGGUCCUGGAUUUCAUGAGCAUAUUCUUCUUGCCCCAGUGGACGAACCUGCUGCGGGCUAAGGUGUUCAGCGAGGAAUACGCACAGUUCAUGCGAGGCUUAGUCGGGCAUCCUAGGGAGCGAAGCAAGGGCGAUCUCAUCGAUCAGCUGCUGCAUCUUCAGAGCAGUCGACCCUCCAGCCACUACGCCCAGCAUCCGGACUUCAUCGCCUCUCAAGCGAGCAUUAUUUUGCUCGCUGGCUUCGAGACUUCCUCGGCUCUGCUGGGCUUCACCCUCUACGAGCUGGCCAAGCAACCCGAUCUGCAGAAGCGUCUUAGAGAGGAGCUGGCAGAAGCCUUUUCACUGGCUCCCACCCUGACCUAUGAGACGCUGGUCACCCUGCCUUUCCUUCGGAAGGUCUGCCUGGAGGCACUUCGUCUAUAUCCAGCCGCUGCCUUCAUCAACAGGGAGUGUACCAGCUCAGAUCCCAAUGGAUUCUCCCUGCAGCCACACGUGGACUUUGUGGUUCCAAAUGGGAUGCCUGCCUACAUCUCCAUCCUGGGACUGCAUCGCGAUGAAAAGUAUUGGCCCGAGCCCAACCGCUUUGAUCCCGAACGAUUUGAUCCAGAUAGGAGCAAGGAUAUCAUACCCAUGACCUAUAUACCUUUUGGAGCUGGCCCCCAUGGCUGCAUCGGCAGUCGUCUAGGGUCUUUGCAGCUGAAACUGGGUCUGGCCCAUAUACUGAGGCUGUGCCGGGUGGAGGUCUGCGAGCAAACAGUGCCGCAGAUACGAUUCAAUCCGAAAACGUUCAUGCUGGAAUCUAAGGAUGAGAUAUAUUUGCGAUUUUACAGGGAUAAGCUAUAAAUUAACUGCAAUGUUUCACCGCGUGGCUGUGAUACUUGGGUAUGGAAAAGGGAAAGUAUUAUUUUGAAUGAAAAAGUUAUAUUUGAAUU